AUGUUAAGGAAUGACAGUGAGGAGAUGCAAGAGGGCCAGCAGGGCGGCGGCGGAAAUGUCGUGCUCAUGCCCUUCUCACGGGACGAUGAUGACACUGGGAUGGUAAUGGAAGCGAUUGGGGAGGAAUUUGUAAACGCACCCGUGUCCACUAGCAGCUCUACGGUGGGACCCAGAGAGGAGAGUGCUUCAAGUCGCUUCUUUUUGGUGUAUCUUAGGCGGUUGCGUGGGGCGGGAGAAAAAGGACCACCGUUUUUUGCUCCGUCAGUCGACCUCAUCCCGACCUUUUUGUUCACUACAGUCAUCAUGCUGACGCUGGGAGUUGCCGACGUGUAUGGAUUCGAGCCGCACGGCUUGCAGGCGUACUUGCCGGCGUUUGCGGCGUCGUGCGCUCUGACGGCUUGUUUUACAACUGCACCCGGGGCGCAGCCGCAGGCACUGUUAGGCUCACAUCUUCUUGCCGCGCUGAUUGGCCUUUCUUUUGCUCAUGCAACGCACUCUCUUGAGCAGCCCCUUGGGCAUUUACUGGCUAGCGUGUUUGCCGUGGCUUUUCUUGCCCCUGUUUGCCAUAUUUUUGGUUGGUUUCAACCGUCCAGUGCGGCAACGGCAGUGAGUGCAGCCUUUUACGAAAAUGGACAGAAGGAUGGGGGUUACAUUUUUGUUAUAUUCCCUGUGUUGAUUGGCGUGUCUAUUAUAUUUGUCCUCUCAUGGCUUUUGAACAACCUUAUUCCAUGGCGACCAGCGUAUCCCGUUUGGUUGUGA